GUGCACAGAUAAUUUCACUGUAACGAUAUAAACAAACCGAUAGCGACGUGUCUAAUCGUGAUCAAGGAUUGAACAUGGCGACAAUCGAUUUAUAAAAGUGACAAAUAUAAAAAAAAUAUGAAAGGAAUAUUUCUCUGUUUAAAUGUUGUCUGUCUGUUGGUUUUGUUGCCAUCCUUUACAUUAUCAAUUGAUGGAGACUACCUAAAUCUAGUAUGCAACAAAGCUGUCUAUGUUGGAACCAGCAGAAAGCUGGAAUCGUCCACUUCCCUGUACUAUGAACCCAACACCGCAUGCUACUUUUCCGUCACAGUGGACUCGGGCAAAAAAGUCAUGUUGUUGAUGAGGCGUUUUGACUUGGAAUCCGAAGUAAAGAAUGCUUGCGUAGAUUUUGUCAACGUUCAUGACGGUUCAAGCACGUCGGACGCUACACUGAAUAGCAGUCCAUUGUGCGGCUCCUUGUCUAAGUCGAACUACACCUCUACUUCGAACACAAUGACUGUGUAUUUCGAAACUGACGCUACUGGUAACAGACAUGGGUUCGACUUCAUCUUUGUCGCUGUAACCACAGCUCCCUGUUCCUCGAAUCAGUUCGCGUGUAACAACAGUGUGUGUAUAGACAGUUCGCUACAGUGUAACAUUUACGACGAAUGUGGUGACAACACUGACGAGGAGAACUGUGUUUACCCCACCCUAAAUGGUGUCGAGAUGAAUGAAAAUGCCCCACUUAUCAUCGGGCUGACCAUCGGACUAUUUAUCGCCGCCAUUGUUGGGGUGAUCGUCGGGCUUUGGUGCUGGAAGCAAAACCGGUGGCGAUUGUUUGCAAAGCGCCCUCUGACGGCGGAGGAAGUAGUCUUUGAUGAGACAACCUAUUCUACAACUUACCCGGUCACUAAAGUCUACUACAAGGGCAUAUACCAAGAUAUGUACAGCGAUCCUGUAAAGGCUGCCGGAGACUAUGGUUCCAGUACCGUCACGUUCAACGAACAAGCUUCUACAUCCACCAGAAAAGAUGCUAUCAUGGACGAGUGACUUCACACUGUGACUUAACUGGACAUUCCAAUGUCAAAAUGUCAUUUCAAAGAAGACUUCAAUGUUCUUUUGUUUUGACAUUACAUUCAUGACAUUACAUAAUUAUAGUGACAACACAUUUAGUGACAUUAGAUCCAACUACAUUACAUCAUUAUAGUAAUAAUAUAAUACGUUUUACGUUUCGGAACAUUUUUUUUCUACAUGUUAAAACUGGUUAACCCUAGCCCUUUUCUUUUAGCAUUUUAAACAACAUACGUUCAGUUUUUCAUCCAAGCAUGAAUCUUAUGAAAUAGGCUAAAUAUUUUUUUACUAGAAUUACCAAUUAGUUAGUGCUACCCUAUUUUCUAAUCCUGUAAACUCCCUUGAAACAAAGAAUUAUAUAUUUACCAGGUCGGGAAUAUCAAUGAAAGAAGUUCGGACACAGGGAAAAUACGGAAUCCUAGUGCAUUUAUGUCAGUUUGCACCAUUAGUUAGAUACAUGCCGCAUUUUUACAGAAGUAUUUGUAUUUCAAAUAACUACAUAGUAUUCGGAUGCCGCCCCCACCCACCCCCACACACACAUUUUGUACUCCUGUUAUAUUCACAUUUUCCAAGGCUCAUCUUUCUUUUAAUUUUUGAAGUUUCUAGAUUUAUUGUGUACAUAGUCUCAUGUAUAGAAUAUGUUUUAACACCUGAAGUGCAUUUAUAUAAAUUCGCUGGCGAAUUAUCUUUUUAUUUUUUGCAAUAUAUAUCUUUACUAACAUGUUUUACCUUUUUUAAGACAAGACACGCACCUUUUACACAUGUGCUUCUUUUCCGUCUAUACAUGUCCAGUGAUAUGGUAUGACUGCACAGUGACGGGGUAUAAUUUAUGAUCCUGUAUGUAUAAUGAUAAUGAACCAUGCCACCAAAAUUAUAUUCAAAGCAAAUAAAUUCUAUUACUAUAUGUGAUUAAGUAUCAAAAUUAAUUUUUGUUAAUGGCUUCUCUGUAUUUUCAUUUAUUUUAUGAAUA